GACGCCGUCUACAGAGAUCGCGAGGCGCUGGGGAUCUUGACAGACCACCCGAGCCUUGUCAAAUGCUUCGACGCCACCGUGGAUCCGCCGUAUCUGAUCGUGUCGGAGUUUUGCUCUGGAGGCAGCCUCUUCGACCUCCUGUACAAUUGCACGUACGAGAUGUGGAUCAG